AAAGGGGGAGGAGGAAAGCUCAAGAUGUCUGUCCCUCAACCAACGAUACCUACAAACGCCUAGAUCGAUCCCCUAGCAUUUUGGUUUAUGCAUUGAUUCAUCAUAUUAUCUACUCGGACGAUAUAUUAGAACCUUGGGUUGUCCUUGUCCGCUCAUUUCCUUCGGACGCAGUCGCCGCUCCCUCCUCGUUCCCUUUCGCUCUUCUUCUUCUUCUUCUUCUUCUUCUUCUUCUUCUUGUUUUUGUCACGAUGGAGGCAGUGGAAGGGAUUGUUCAUCCUUAUUUCCCGGUCGAAAGCGUGCUAUUAGGUUACGUUGCAAAUGACUGGACUGUCAAAGACAUCUUUGGCGUGUUCUUUGGUGCCAUUCUCGCAGUCGCUGUCACAACCCGGGUCGUCUCACAUUAUAUCAACCCGAAGCUCUCUGUCCGAGACCAGUGGCUCGUUGUCUGGUUUAUUUUGUCUGGGACAAUCCAUAUCGUCAUCGAGGGAUACUUCUCGCUAAACCAUCGCAACAUGCCGCCAAUGCAGGAUUAUCUUGGGCAGGGCUGGAAAGAAUAUUCGAAAGGCGACUCGAGAUACCUGACUAUCGAUCCGUUCUUGGUAUCCAUGGAAACAGUCACUGCAUUUGCCUGGGGACCCCUUUGCUAUAUAGAGGCUUGGUACACCUUGAUUGAUCACCCAUACAGGCACCCUGUGCAGGUUCUUGUGUCAACUGGGCAGUUCUACGGGGAUGUGCUCUACUUUACGACCUACCUCGGCGACUACCUCUACGAUGGGUUGAACUACUCUCGGCCGGAGGCACUGUACUUCUGGGGUUACGUCGUCGGCUUGAAUGCAUUUUGGUUCGUGAUCCCAGGAUAUUGCGUUUACCGUAGCAUGAAGGAAACAGCCCGCGCUUUUAGUGUCAUAAAGGAGUCGGCCUUGAAGUUGAAGCAAAAGUAAUCAACGUAUGAAGGAACUACGUUAAGGGUCGAGCUUUGGAACUGAAGCAGUACUUAGAAGCGAGCGCCGAAAUUCGAAUCGUUUUGGUUGACAGCAAUAGGCCUGGACCAGGUCCCGUUUAUCUCCUCCUAGGCAUAAUACACAGAACCAAAUUUUAUAAAGAACAGUGCAAAGCGGCUUGCCUAUGACAUCCGCCGAAUGAUCAUCCAAUCAGUAAUAUAUAAGUCCAGGGCAAAACUGUGUCUCAGAAAAUAAGUCGACGCAAAUCAAAGGUCCACCCCGGCUUUCUUUU